AUGAGCAAUGUACCUUAGCAAAUGAUUCUAAUACAAAAAAUUAUAAAAACAAAGGGUGAUCAAGAAGAUUUGAUUUUACCAGAUUCUGAUUAAGAGGUUUAAUCUCCAAUUACAAAAAAUAACAACGAAAAUAGAGACAAUGAAUCAAGAUUUAGAUUAAAAAUGAAACAACUUAGAUUCAGCACAUAAAACUAAAUCUAUUAUUUCUCAUAGAAUGGAAUCUCCUCUCCUAAUCAAUCUCCUGCUCUUUCUCCAAAAUAUUCUUGCAGUCCUAUCUAAUCUAUUCUCAAACCGAAAAGUUGUUCCCACUUUGGACAAACAAAGAAAUGA